CACGCUCCGAUGGGGCAGAGAGAAAACAACAAAAAAACGGGGCUGGGUUGUGAAGAAGCGAGCUACCGAAAAAAAGCUGGUUUUGCGUGGUUGUGAAGAGACGGACGACGACGCAACAGCGAGGCAACGUUAUCGCGAAGCACAGAAAGAUAGAGCCCGCACGGAUUUGGAGGUGGUUUUAAUUUGCCGCAGGAACUACUGCCGGGUGGUGCAUGUGGACCCGUCUACGUAGUAAGCUUACAAGGCGAUAAAAAUGAUGAACGAAUCGCUCUCUGAUAAAGCGGGCCAGGGCGUUUAACGACAACUACAAACGAGCAAAACAAUGAUCCAUCGAAACGCGUCCCUUCUACACAACGGCCUUCAUCACCGAAAAGCAUCAACAAGCAGCAGCAGCAGCAGUCGGACGGGGACCGAUGGAAGUCGUCGCUGUGUACAUAAGAUUCCAUCGCACUGCUACAGCUAGGUCAUCGAGCGUUAUUUCUCUUCAACUGGGCAGCUAAUUGAGGUGGAAGGAGCAUAACAAAAUAGGAAAAAACAAAUCACACAUCACUAUCAGUCAGUAUCAACGAAAGGUAGAGGCGACCGAUUAGCUUCAACUUCGUUUAAAGUAAUAGGAAAGGUUCGCGAAAUCGAUUCGAUCAGCUGAAAACCCGGGUCUCAGAAGCAGAAGUGUGAAUAUUAUGAUUUAGUGCUUUUAUUUUAUGUUUUUGUGUGUUAAAUCGUACGGGUUGCGUUGUAUUUGUUUUGUGUAAAAUUAGUUCAUUGGCCGUCUGUCCAAAAAGUGUUUUCCGAUUUGAAGUUAAAUUUAGAAAAGCAUUAGCGUGGCCAGCUUUCAGUUCGUUGGUGCAAUGAUCGAAUCUUCUCUGCUGUGUCGAUCGAAUCUGCGAUAAGUUUGGUGAGCUUGUGCGGCCGCGGAAUCGCGCGCUGUUUGUUUGUUGUUUAGUCGGUUGGUUGCUGUGUGUAGUUUGGUGUCUGAAACGACGACGACGACGACGACACAUGUGUUGCUGUGUUUGGUUUUCCGUGUUCUCAAGUGCGCGCGCGAUCAAGUUGAGCCUGAGUUUCGUGUUGUUUGCUGUUUGACUGUCGACGUAGAUCGCUUCGAAGAUCCAGCGAGUGUGAAUGAAAUCAGUGCCAAAAAUUACCGACCGAUAAACAGUUGUGGUAAGAGGAGUUGGUUAACAUUCGCUUCUAAAAACGUUCAAAAUGUCGCUGGAUUCGAUGGGCCCGUCGGCGGGAGGUGGGAGCUCCGGUGUUGGUACGCUGUCCGGCACGCGGAUGAUCCACUCGCUAAGCACACCGUCGGGUGUGGACGGAACAGUGUCCGCAUCGCAUUCCCGUGGUGGCAAGAAGCUGGCCGUGCGCAUCCAAAUGCUGGACGAUUCUGUCACCAUGUUCCAGGUGCAGGCAAAAGCGACCGGCAAAGUGCUGUUUGAGCAAGUGUGCCGACAGUUAAACCUUCUGGAAGCUGAUUACUUUGGGCUAGAGUAUCAGGAAUCACAAUCUGGCACCAAAUACUGGCUGGACCUGGAGAAGCCGCUUAACCGUCAGGUCGGCCUUUCGUUGAUCGAACCGGUGUUACGGUUCUGCGUCAAGUUCUACACACCCGAUCCGCUGCAGCUGGAGGAAGAGUAUACGCGCUAUUUGUUCUGUCUGCAAGUGAAGCGCGAUCUUGCGACCGGCAGCUUGCAGUGCAACGACAAUACGGCCGCACUUAUGGCAAGCUACAUUGUGCAAGCUUCCUGUGGGGAUUAUGCGGCGGAGGACUAUCCCGAUCAUACGUAUCUGUCGUCGUACCGGUUUGUGCCCCAGCAAGAUCAUACAAUGCAGAGAAGAAUUAUGGAGAACCACAAAAAGCAUGUAGGUCAAUCACCGGCUGAGGCGGACCUAAAUCUGCUCGAAACGGCACGACGGUGUGAGCUGUACGGCAUGAAGAUGCACCCAGCCAAAGAUCACGACGGUGUGCCGUUGAAUCUGGCCGUGGCACACAUGGGUAUUGCCGUGUUUCAGGGUAUCACGCGCAUCAACACCUUCUCCUGGGCAAAGAUACGCAAAAUAUCGUUCAAACGCAAACGCUUCCUGAUCAAACUGCAUCCCGAGAAUUACGUGUACCACAAAGAUACGGUGGAGUUUUUCUUCGAGGGUCGCAACGAGUGUAAGAACUUUUGGAAAAAGUGUGUCGAAAAUCAUGGCUUUUUCCGCUGCACCGCCGUUCAGAAUGUGCAGCGUCGCAAGGCACGGGUAUUGUCGAGAGGUAGCUCCUUCAGGUAUAGUGGUAAAACUCAGAAACAAAUUAUCGAAUUUGUGCGCGACAAUUACGUGAAGCGGCAAACGUUUCAAAGGUCUCAGUCUUUUCGGCAGGGUCCUCUACAUUCAAGUAACAGAAGUCAAUCACGCACUUCAUGUAAUGUGAAUCAAAGCAUCUCGGCUCAUCCUUUACUUCCGAUCGAAACCGCGGAAUGGGAGCGUCGCAGUCAGAGCAACGUCUUGAGGACGCCUUCUCAGACGAGGAGACAAGUGGAUAUGGAGGUGGAUCGCCAACCCAACAGUCCUACCGGCCACAAUCGUUCUCAGCUCACGGAAGCCCAGGUGGAGACCUAUCCGAUGAAGAGCUAUCAUACCCAGCAAAUGGGAAUGGAGGGCUCGGGCCACACGCCGCUGCCGGACUCGAGCCAAUCUGCGUCCCCGGGGGGCACAUGGAGUUCGCCGUACCACAACAGCAACAGCAGCAGCCAUGCGCGCGAAGCCGAUCGGGUUCGUGCACGUCAAGACGGUCACAGUUCCGAUGAUUAUCACGGCAUCAACGGGAAUGUGUCGCUGGACCGGCGAAGUGAAAUAGUGCAAUCGCCCAACCGCUACGAACUGGCCCUCGGAACGUCGGAUAAAUCGAACAACAAUUCCCUGUCCCGGGCAGGCGAUACGGGAUGUUACGAUCUGGGCAGUGCGGAAGCUCGAGCUAGGAACAAUGGCCACUUUGGUGGUAGCAACGGCGGUGCGUUGCACACGGUGGACGAGAACAUGAUCAACAACAACUACCAAAACCAGCCGGCAGCCAACGGUCAAACGUCCACGUCCGGCAUGGGUAAUGGGAACAGUGGAACGCUGCGUUCGAUCGACGAGGAGAUGCGGAAGAAGAAGUGGCCCACCGACCGGGCGUACUUCCUGGCGAAGGAACUGCUCAUGACGGAGCGUACGUACAAGAAGGAUUUGGAUGUCAUCAACACGUGGUUCCGCGAGGAGCUUACUCCAGAGGAUUUGGAGAAUCUUCAACCUCUGUUUCAGUAUUUUGAGUCGAUGCUGGAGCAUCACAGUGUGUUCCUGCGCGAUCUUGAGCAUCGGAUACUGCUGUGGGAAGGACGUGGCGGUCACGAAACGCAUCGAAUCGGUGAUGUGAUGCUGAAGAAUAUGGUCGUUUUACCGAUUUACGACGAGUAUGUCGAGAGUCACCGAGAAAUACUGGAGCGUCUGAACGAUCUGUACGAUAACGACGAUAAGUUCCAGCACACGUACCGGGAGUUUGAGCAGCAGAAGGUGUGCUAUCUGCCCAUCAGCUACUUCAUCCUGAAGCCGCUGCACCGACUGUUGCAUUACGAGCUGCUGCUGGAGCUGCUGCUAGCGCACUACGGUGAGGAUCAUUUCGAUCGUACCGACUGUCACGGUACGCUGAUGAUGCUGACCCGCACGACCGAGGUCAUCAGGCGCGAGCUGACGGCGUCGGAAAACCAUAGCCUGCUGUGCGAAAUCCAGCGCGACAUCGACGGAUACGAUGGGCUGGUGCAGCCGGACCGUAAGCUCAUCCGGCAGGGCUGUCUACUGAAGCAUUCCAAACGGGGCCUCCAGCAACGCAUGUUCUUCCUGUUCUCCGACGUGUUGCUGUACGCGGUCAAGUCACCGGUGACGCAAACGUUCAAGGUGCUCGGCCACGUGCCCGUCCGUUCGUUGCUGACGGAGAACGCGGAGCACAAUGCGUUUGUGAUAUUUGGCGGCCAGCGGGCGAUCACCGUGAGUGCGGGCACCACGGUCGAGAAAACGCUCUGGCUGGAAGAGCUGGCGAAGGCGGCCAACAGUUUGAAGUACAAGCCACAGACCCAGUUGCCGAUCGUGUCGAUCAAAACGUGCACAUCCUCCGAGGAAAAUCUGGAAGCAUGUGGCUUGAGCAGUGCGCUUGUGCCACAGGUGGCCGCGAAACAGCCAUCGCCCCGCAACAACACAGCGCUGCACGUGUGCUGGCAUCGGGGCGUCACGAUUUGUCUCGAUGAUCAUCUACGAUCCGGGAGAAAUCAAAUAUCCGGCUACCUGUUGCGGAAGUUUAAGAACAGCUCCGGCUGGCAGAAGCUGUGGGUCGUGCUGACAUCGUUCUGUCUGUACUUCUACAAGAGCUACUCGGACGAUGCAGCCCUCGCCAGCUUGCCACUGCUCGGGUACACGGUCGGACCGCCGGGAAUUCAGGAUGCCGUGCAGAAGGAGUACGUUUUUAAGCUUUCGUUCAAAAAUCACACCUACUUCUUCCGGGCUGAGAGCGAGCAUACCUACAAUCGCUGGAUGGAAGUGCUGCGAAGUGCCACGCAAAUUCAGGAAUCCCGAUCGUCGCCUACAAUCAACUCGAACAAUCUUAUCAAUAACAAUGGAUCGAACUAACUGGAGGGUGGCCACCGGCACAAGUGUGCAAGGAACAAAUCUUCACCAGCCUUCAACGCCUGUUACGAUCCGUGCGAUUGAUGUGAUCAAUCGUAUCCGAUAUGGCUGGGCAGGUCUUCACCGUAAAGCAAAACCAACCCUAACCGUUCCCUCCGUUCCGCUUUUUUGAUGCGAUUUUGCGCAUUUAUUGGUAGAUUUCAUCAUCAUUCGGUCCCCGGAUGUCAACAUUUCCGCGAACAAAACAAAAAAAUCCGAUACGAGACCCCCGGGUGACGAGUGAAGGGGAGAAAGGUGGGUGGAUGGACAGUGUUAUAUUUAUCUUUACAAUUUUUUACGUGUAGGAACGCAUGUACGAACAAUGUUUUAAGUGAAGUGAACGAUAUAUUGAAGGAUUGUGUUUAUUAGCAAAACGGAAAAUAGUAAUUAGACGAAUGAGAAGGAAUUUCGGCCGGAUAUGCGCCGAUGAGUAUCACACGAAUAAACCCAGCAAAACAGUGAGCAAUAUAGUUGAUAGACACUGCUUAAAGA